AUGGACGUUUUUAAAAUAGAUCAAUCGUUAAGCGGUAACUUGGGUAGUUCUCCCACCUCUGAAAAAAUUAAUCAGCAGGAUAUUAGCUUUGAGGCGGGUUCCGAAUUCAAUUUAUGUUUUUUCGACACUCCUGAAGAUACUCAAGGAUUUAGUGAUCCUAGUUCUGUUGGUUCCACGACUAAUGGUUCACCACCACCCCAACAAUUGACACCUUUACACAUACCCCUAACGGUUACGCCAGUUCAGAGCCCGAUUUUGCUUUCUUCUCCUGGAGGAACAACUUCAACGAUUACUGUAAAACAAGCUGUUCGAUACGGCAGAGUGCCAAAGCGGUCGAGGGAAAGAAGUACCGACGAGCCAUUGAGAGUGACAACAUCAGAUGCGGAUCAAUCCGAUGCUGAAACGAAACAAUUAGCCGUAUACGACAUGAUCCUUAGUGUUUCUCAAGCUCAUCAUGCGAAUUGUGGGUACACGGAAGAGCACACUAAGAAUAUCUCAAGAAAACCUAUAAUUCUUCCUCCCGCGAGUCCCGAAUCAGAUAGUGAGGUUGCUUCUUCUACUGCUGAAUCCAUGGAAAUGGAAAGAUGCUGGUUAUGGCAACAAUUCGCUUCUAAUAUUACGCCGUGCGUUCAAAGGGUGGUUGAAUUUGCUAAAAGAGUUCCUGGGUUUUGCGACUUGGGACAAGACGAUCAGCUUAUUUUGAUUAAAAUGGGAUUUUUCGAAAUUUGGUUGAGUCACGUUGCGAGAUUGACCUCUAACACUUCAAUGAUGUUUGAUGACGGAACUACAGUUAGCAGACAGCAGUUGGAGACGAUGUAUGAUGGCGAUUUUACAUCAUCCGUAAUUCAUUUUGCCGCAAGUUUCAACGCUUUGGCACUCAACGAUACUGAGGUGGGAUUGUUUUCAGCUGUCGUUCUUCUAACAGCGGACCGACCCGGCAUUACAGAUGUAAAGACAAUAGAACAACAUCAAGAUAAACUAAUAGAAGCUUUAAAAGUUCAGGUUGGACGUAAUCAUGCAAGUGAACCACAAAUAUUUUCAAAUUUACUUAUAAAAUUACCAGAGCUAAAAAAUCUGGGAGCUAAACACACAGCCCAUCUUGACUGGUUUCGAAUGAACUGGACGAAGCUGACGCUACCUCCUCUAUUUGCGGAAAUUUUUGACAUUCCUAAAACAGAAGACGAUCUCCAGUGA